AAGCGCGCCGUUUUGUUCUGUUGAGUAGUCAGAACCGUUACCCUAGUUCAGACACGUACUGCUCUCACUCUCUCUCUGUCGAUCAUUCUCCAAUCGCUGUUACCAUUUUCAUCUUCCCCGUUUCUGCUGAAGGGUUAAAUACAAGGAGUUUUCAUUGCCAAAACCUUCAAUAUUAUGGAGACUGAAGCUGACUUAAAAGAUAGCUCCCUCAUCCUGAUUAGGCAAGGAGCUGAAGCUAGGGUUUUUGAGUCUUCUUUUGUGGGAAGAAGGUCUGUUAUCAAGGAACGUUUCUCAAAGAAAUACAGACAUCCAAUUUUAGAUUCUAAAUUAACAAUCAAGCGCUUGAAUGCGGAGGCUAGGUGCAUGACCAAAGCAAGGCGACUUGGGGUUCGUACUCCUGUGCUUUAUGCUGUGGAUCCUGUGCUGCACACAUUAACAUUUGAAUAUGUUGAGGGGCCUUCAGUCAAAGAUGUCUUUCUUGAAUUUGGAUCUCUUGGUGUCAAUAAAGAACGGUUAGGCAACAUUGCGUCCCAAAUUGGCGAUGCAAUUGGAAAGUUGCAUGAUGGAGGCCUUGUUCAUGGUGAUUUAACGACAUCAAACAUGUUGCUGAAGAAUGAUGCCAAUCAGUUGGUUCUUAUUGACUUUGGUUUGAGCUUCACUUCAACUCUACCAGAAGAUAAAGCUGUUGAUUUGUAUGUCCUGGAAAGAGCUAUUCUUUCAAUGCAUUCUUCAUGUGGGAAUGUGAUGGAUCAGGUACUUGCAGCAUACCACAAGUCAUCAAAGCAGUGGUCAUCCACAUUGAACAAGCUGGCGCAAGUGCGACAAAGAGGACGAAAGAGCACCAUGGUUGGGUGAUUCUUUCUCCAGUUUCAUUUCCUUAUCAGGGAUGACAAUCGGUGAAUGGAGCGAUGUAAUUCUAUUUUUAACUUCUCCCUGUGUUUGCAUCAUGUAUCAUGCAUAUCUAUUACAGUUUUGAACUUAUAAUUGACAUCUAUUAUGACUUUUAUAAUGUGGAACUAUUUGAAACUUGAGUGUGGUUGUUAUUACUGAAUUGGUUGAAUCAGCA